UAAAGGUCAAAAGUCACGAAACCGAAAGGAGGAAAAUGUAGAACGUCAAGCUACAAUGAGCCUUUCAUUGCAGACGAAGGGAAGACAUGGUUAUUCAGUCGAAUUUUCACCAUUUUUCCCAACCAAGCUUGCGUGCGUUACGUCCCAAUAUUAUGGCAUAGCAGGAAGUGGAACACUGUACAUUGUAGAGGCUGGACUCGGUGGAUUAGCACCUCAAACUAUAUUUGACUGGAAUGAUGGACUUUAUGAUGUCACAUGGGCAGAAAACAAUGAAAAUGUUCUCAUCACUGGGGCAGGAGAUGGCCAUGUUGUUAUGUGGGACAUCAACCAAAAGAGGGGUCCAAUAAAAGCGUACAAAGAACAUGCAAAGGAGGUGAAUUCUGUUCACUGGAGUCAGACAAGGCAGGAGCACUUUUUUCUCAGCGGAUCAUGGGACAAAAGUGUGAAACUGUGGGACAUUUCUAGAGAUCAGUCUCUCAACACAUUCACUGGACAUGAAGCCAUUGUGUACUGUGUCCGUUGGUCUCCACAUAUCCCAGGAUCCUUUGCUUCUGCAUCAGGAGACCACAGCGUAAGAUUAUGGGAUCUAAGGCAACCAGAAGCACCCCAAUCUGUGAUACCAGCUCACAACUCAGAAAUCCUGACCUGUGAUUGGUCAAAAUACGACCAGAACCUGCUGUUCAGUGGGGGAGUGGAUGGAGCCAUACGAGGCUGGGAUAUCAGAAAUCUCCAGUCUCCGGUCUGUGACAUGAGGGGUCACUCUCUAGCGGUCAGGAGAAUUAAGACUUCUGCCUUUCACAGGAACAUCGUUGCCUCCGUAUCCUAUGAUUUCACCACAAAGUUAUGGGACUUCACAAUAAACAUGGCUGUUGAAACACUGGAGCACCACACAGAGUUUGUGUAUGGACUGGAUUUUAAUUUAUUCCAGCCUGGACAGAUGGCUGAUUGUUCCUGGGACGAACUGUUAAGAGUGUACACUCCAAAAACAUUGUCUAACCCAAGCAUGGCCCUACAACACUGAACCCUGCCCUCCGUGGAGGGGAGGAACACCAUUUCUAGUCUUUCAUUAACAGACAGGGACAUUCCAGGAAACUCCCUAUGGAUAGAGUAGUUUCUAGUCUUUCAUUAACAGACAGGGACAUUCCAGGAAACUCCCUGUGAAGAGAGUGUGUUUUAGGAAUGUGAACAUUAACUAUGGAUUCAUUUAUGUGGCAUAAUCGUGGAUAGUAGAAGAUAUCAUUGUGAUUUGGAAUGAUCAUUUCUUUCAUGUAACUGUUUAAAAUUUGGAACAGCACAGACAGUCCAAAUUCCAUACAUUGACUACUGGCGGUAUUUACAAUUAGACCAUAGAUUUACAAUCGUCCACUAUCUACUGUUGUGUUGACCUUCACCUCACAGAGAACCAGCAAAUGUUGGACUGAUAUAGUUUCACUAAACUGCAUUGAAAAUAAAACUGUAUAUAGUA